GGCUGUGUGCAGUAAACUGGAAUGCUCUCCCUCACUCACUCCUCCGUGUAGGAGUGAUCCGAAGCAGGACAAGCUCAGCCUGCAGCUGCCGUGGCUUUGUGUGGACUGGACGCGGAGCUUGGGAGAGGGGGGGAGGGUUAUUACUCCAGUCCACAGUCAGUGGAAUUACAGCUAUAGCGGCAGUAUAUGUAGGAUUGCUUUUUCUCCGUCAUCCUGGAGAUGCUCAGAUCCAGUAUAUUUUACGGAAGAAAAAUAUAAAGGAAAUAUAGUAUGCUUCCUUUUUUUUCCAUGAAGAAUAUUUGAAUUAAGUUUUCUUUACCUCUUAAAAAAGAAUACCUGUUCUUGCAUAACGUGACUGCACCAGAUAUUUUGAGAAAGCAGCAAGAAGCAAAAGCUGGAAAUAGCUAUUUCGCAGCAGGUAAUCAUACCUCAGGAUGUAGCUACUGUACAAAGUUUAUACUUGGAUAAUCCUGGAUGGGAAUAAAGGUGGGGGGUAACUGCCUGAAAAACCCAUUACUAUACAGGCCUUAGCAUCAUGAAUGGCUUUCUUCAUGAGGAUCUGAAGUUACUAUCUCUGACCACAUUGCACAGAAGAGCCAAUAAGAAUUUCAAAGAGAGUAAUUUCCACUAAGGGAAUUAAGCUACACAAAAGGAACCUUCACACAAACUCUAUCAGAAAGAAAAAAAAAAUACAUAGGAAGCCAUGUGUUCUACAUAGUAACAGGAAGCUGAAUUGUUUCUGGUCCCCACUUUAAUGAGCUUGCCCACCAUGCUGAACUGCAGCUGGAAUGUUCAUUGACAACAGCGAGCCUGAUCUGGAGGUGUGUGCGGCAUAGGAUUACUUGAAUAAACAGUGAAGAACAUUUCCAAGGACUAAACAAGAGUUUAUAAGUCCCAGCCCCUCACCAGGAAAAUAAUAUAUGCGCAUUGGAUUUUCACUCACGCAAAAUUUACUCACAUCGUUCAAUAAGGGCUCUGAAGCUAUUUUGUAUAAAGACCUCAAUACUGCUGACCAUGAUCAGCCCAGCCUGGAGCAUCUUCCUCAUCGGGACUAAAAUUGGUCUGUUCCUUCAGGUGGCGCCUUUAUCAGUUAUGGCUAAAUCCUGUCCAUCUGUGUGCCGCUGUGAUGCAGGUUUCAUUUACUGUAAUGAUCGCUUUCUGACAUCCAUUCCAACAGGAAUACCAGAGGAUGCUACAACUCUCUACCUUCAGAACAACCAAAUAAAUAAUGCUGGGAUUCCAUCAGAUUUGAAAAACUUGCUGAAAGUAGAAAGAAUAUACCUAUACCACAACAGUUUAGAUGAAUUUCCUACCAACCUCCCGAAGUAUGUAAAAGAGUUACAUUUGCAAGAAAAUAACAUAAGGACUAUCACUUAUGAUUCACUUUCAAAAAUUCCCUAUCUGGAAGAAUUACAUUUAGAUGAUAACUCCGUCUCUGCUGUUAGCAUCGAAGAGGGGGCAUUCCGAGACAGCAACUAUCUCCGACUGCUUUUCCUAUCCCGUAAUCACCUUAGCACAAUCCCCUGGGGUUUGCCCAGGACUAUAGAAGAACUACGCCUUGAUGAUAAUCGCAUAUCCACUAUUUCAUCACCAUCUCUUCAAGGUCUCACUAGCCUAAAACGCCUCGUCUUGGAUGGAAACCUUUUGAACAACCAUGGUUUAGGUGAUAAAGUUUUCUUUAACCUAGUAAACUUAACAGAACUGUCACUAGUGCGGAAUUCCCUGACUGCUGCACCAGUAAACCUUCCAGGCACAAACCUAAGGAAGCUUUAUCUUCAAGACAACCACAUCAAUCGGGUGCCCCCAAAUGCCUUUUCUUAUCUAAGGCAGCUGUAUCGACUUGAUAUGUCCAAUAAUAACCUAAGUAAUUUACCUCAGGGUAUCUUUGAUGAUUUGGACAAUAUAACCCAACUGAUUCUUCGCAACAAUCCUUGGUACUGUGGGUGCAAGAUGAAAUGGGUACGUGACUGGUUACAGUCGCUACCUAUGAAGGUUAAUGUACGUGGGCUCAUGUGCCAAGCCCCAGAAAAAGUUCGGGGGAUGGCUAUCAAGGACCUCAAUGCAGAACUGUUUGAUUGUAAGGACAGUGCAGUUGUAAGCACCAUUCAGAUAACUACUGCAAUACCCAACACAGUGUAUCCUGCUCAAGGACAGUGGCCAGCUCCAGUGACCAAACAACCAGACAUUAAGAACCCCAAGCUCACUAAAGAUCAGCGAACCACAGGGAGUCCAUCAAGAAAAACAAUUAUAAUUACUGUGAAAUCUGUCACCUCUGACACAAUUCAUAUCUCUUGGAAACUUGUCCUACCUAUGACUGCUUUAAGACUCAGCUGGCUCAAACUGGGCCACAGCCCGGCAUUUGGAUCUAUAACAGAAACAAUCGUAACAGGGGAACGCAGUGAAUACUUGGUCACAGCCCUGGAGCCUGAUUCACCCUAUCGAGUCUGCAUGGUUCCCAUGGAAACCAGUAACCUCUACCUAUUUGAUGAAACUCCUGUUUGUAUUGAGACUGAAACUGCACCCCUUCGAAUGUACAAUCCUACAACUACCCUUAAUCGAGAGCAAGAGAAAGAACCUUACAAAAACCCCAAUUUACCGUUGGCUGCCAUCAUUGGUGGGGCUGUGGCCCUAGUGACCAUUGCCCUUCUUGCUUUAGUGUGCUGGUAUGUUCAUAGGAAUGGAUCCCUCUUCUCAAGGAACUGUGCAUACAGCAAAGGGAGAAGAAGAAAGGAUGACUAUGCGGAAGCUGGCACUAAGAAGGACAAUUCUAUCCUGGAAAUCAGGGAGACUUCUUUUCAGAUGUUACCAAUAAGCAAUGAACCAAUCUCAAAGGAGGAAUUUGUAAUACACACUAUAUUUCCUCCUAAUGGAAUGAAUCUGUACAAAAAUAACCACAGUGAAAGCAGUAGUAACCGAAGCUACAGAGACAGUGGUAUUCCAGACUCAGAUCACUCACAUUCAUGAUGCUGCAGGACUUGCAGCUGACUGUGUUUCGGUUUUUUAAACCUAAGGGAGGUGAUGUUAGGAACCCUGUUCUACUGCAAAACACUGGAAAAAGAGACUGAAAAAAGCAAUGUACUGUACAUUUGCCAUAUAAUUUAUAUUUAAGAACUUUUUAUUAAAAGUUUCAAAUUUCAGGUUA